AAAAAACGGAAGUAGUGCACUUUCAGUCUCACUUUACACGUGUCGAUGAGCAAGUUGCACUUGAAAAAUGUCUGCAGAAAAAGAGGAAACCGUGUUGUGCUUUUUUAUCAACGGAAAAAAGGUCACCGAGAACCAUGCAGACCCUGAGACGAUGCUGUUAUCCUUCCUCAGGGAGAAGCUUAGGUUGACUGGCACCAAGUAUGGCUGCGGUGGUGGAGGGUGCGGGGCCUGCACGGUUAUGGUGUCGCGCUAUCAACCUUCCACCAAAACCAUCACACAUUUUUCAGCCAACGCCUGCCUCCUGCCUCUAUGCCAGCUCCACGGAGCUGCUGUCACCACGGUGGAGGGCGUCGGCAGCACCACAACCCGGAUCCAUCCUGUACAGGAGCGGAUAGCAAAGGCUCAUGGCUCCCAGUGCGGCUUCUGCACCCCAGGCAUGGUGAUGUCCAUGUACACCCUGCUGAGGAACAGACCACAGCCCACCAUGGAAGACAUCACCCAGGCUCUGGCUGGUAAUCUGUGUCGCUGUACUGGAUAUCGGCCCAUUGUUGAUGGAUGCAGAACUUUCUGUCAGGAAACAAACUGUUGCCAAACUAAUGGUGUCGGAAACUGUUGCCUCGACGAAGAAAAUAAUAAAGAACCAAAGAAAGAAAAGUCACAGUUGUUUGAUAAAAAUGACUUCCUCCCACUGGACCCAACACAGGAGAUAAUCUUCCCUCCAGAACUGAUUCUAAUGGCAGAGACUGUGCGCCCUCAAACGCUUACCUUUCAGGGUGAGAGGAUGACCUGGAUGUGCCCUGUCACACUGGAGGAGCUUGUCAGGAUGAAGGCCACUAACCCAAAGGCUCCACUGGUCAUGGGAAACACCAACAUAGGUCCAGAUAUAAAGUUCAAAGGUGUCCUGCAUCCACUGAUAAUAUCGCCAGUUAGAGUCAAGGAAUUGUUCGAGGUCACCCACACUCCUCAUGGUGUUUGGGUUGGAGCCGGCUGCAGCCUGUCAGAGGUUCUAUGUCUUUUGGAGAAAUUGGUUCCCCAGUUUCCAGAGUGGAAGACUGAACUUUUCAAAGCCCUGAUCCAUCAGCUAAGAAACCUGGGAAGCCAACAGAUCCGCAACGUUGCCUCUCUUGGAGGCAACAUUGUAAGUGCAUACCCCAAUUCAGACCUUAACCCUGUCCUGGCUGCUGGGAACUGCAAAAUGAGCGUCAUCUCAAAUGCCGGAACAAGAGAGGUGCCCUUGGAUCAAAAGUUCUUCGUAGGCUUUGGAAAAACUGUCCUGAACCCAGAAGAGAUAGUUGUGUCAGUCUUCAUUCCCUUUUCCAGAGAGGGUGAGUUUGUCCGUGCGCUCCGCCAGGCUCCAAGAAAGGAGAGCUGCUUUGCCACCGUGACUACGGGGAUGAGAGUGUUUUUCUCCAGCAGAUCCAGAGUGGUGCAGGAGGUCAGUAUUUACUAUGGAGGAAUGGGACCAACAACUGUCAGUGCCACCAAGACCUGUGCUGCUCUCAUCACAAGGCCAUGGGAUGAGGAGACCCUUAGCCGGGCCUAUGAUGUCCUUCUAGAAGAGUUAACUCUUCCUCCUUCAGCUCCUGGUGGAAAGGUGGAGUUUCGACGAUCCCUGACGCUAAGCUUCCUCUUCAAAUUUAACCUGGAGGUCCUGCAGAAGCUCAGAGAAAUGAACGUGAUUACAGAUGAGCUUUCUGAGAAGAAUCACAUUCAGCCUUUACCCAGAGAAAUCCAGCACAGCCUGCAGGAGUUCCAGCAUGUGUCGAAGGAUCAGAGCACCCAGGACCCCGUAGGGCGUCCUAUCAUGCAUCGCUCUGCCAUCAGCCAUGCCACAGGUGAAGCCAUGUACUGUGAUGACAUUCCACAAAUGGACAGGGAGCUCUUCCUGGUUCUGGUCACCAGCUCCCAAGCACACGCUAAGAUUGUGAGUUUGGACGUCAGUGAGGCUCUGCAGCUUCCUGGUGUUGUUGAUGUCAUCACAGCUGAAGAUAUUCCUGGGAAGAAAGUCCGGACAAUGACUGGUUAUCCAGAGGAGCUGCUUGCUGCCACAGAGGUGCGUGCCUGCGUGCGUGUGCCCAUUUGUAUUUCACGUGUGGACAUGCACAAUCAGUUUCAUAGCUGCUGUUGUCUGCAGGUGUCGUGCAUCGGCCAGAUGUUAUGUGCCGUGGUUGCUAAUACCAGAGCACAGGCUAAACGAGGAGCGUCUGCCGUGAAGAUCAGUUACAAAAAACUGCCAGACCCCAUCUUCACUGUAGAAGAGGCCAUUGAAAAGUCAUCUUUCUUUGAGCCCCGAAGGAUAAUUGAAAAAGGAAAUGUAACUGAGGCAUUUAAAAGUGUUGAUCAAGUUUAUGAAGGAGAGAUUCGACUGGGCGGCCAGGAGCAUUUCUACAUGGAGACUCAGAGCAUGUUAGUUGUUCCCGUUGGCGAAGAGAAGGAGUUCAACGUUUACGUCUCCACUCAAGCUCCUUCUUUUGUCCAGGAUGCAGUUGCAGAGACACUAAACAUCGCAUCCAAUAGAGUGACCUGUCAUGUCAAAAGGAUCGGUGGAGGAUUUGGGGGGAAAGUAACCAAAACUGCUAUUCUGACUUCGAUCACUGCUGUGGCUGCGUGGAAGACCAGUCGACCAGUUCGCUGUGUCCUAGAACGAGGUGAUGACAUGUUGAUUUCAGGAGGGCGUCAUCCUGUCCUGGGAAAAUACAAGGUGGGCUUCAUGAACGACGGGAGAAUCCUGGCCGCAGAUUUACAGUACUACGCCAAUGCUGGUAAUGCUGAGGAUGAGUCUGUUCUGAUAGCAGAGAAAAUCGUCCUUCACAUGGACAAUGCCUACAACAUUCCAAAUCUGCGAGGCCAAGCGGCCGCCUGUAGGACCAACCUGCCCUCCAACACCGCCUUCCGGGGCUUCGGCGUGCCCCAGAGCCUCUUUGUGGUGGAGAACAUGAUCAAUGAUGUGGCCUUGGUUCUGGGAUGUCCCUCACACCAGAUUCGAGAGAUCAACAUGUACAGAGGGCCGUCCGUCACCCACUACAAUUUCAAAUUCAGUCCAGAGAACUUGCAGCGCUGCUGGGAGGAAUGUAAGCUCAAAUCUGACUACAGUGCCCGCUGCAAAGCUGUGGACCAGUUCAACCAGCAGAACCGCUGGAAGAAGAGAGGAAUGUCCAUGAUCCCCAUCAAAUAUGGCAUUGCAUUCUCAGAAGGCUUUUUAAAUCAGGCUGCCGCUCUAGUCCACGUCUAUAAAGAUGGUUCUGUUCUGGUUACUCAUGGUGGGAUAGAGAUGGGUCAGGGGAUCCACACAAAGAUGCAACAGGUGGCAAGUCGGGAGCUUAAUGUCCCAACCUCUAAGAUUUACAUCAGUGAAACCAGCACCAACACUGUUCCCAACACCUGCCCCUCCGCUGCCUCCUUCGGCACUGAUGCCAACGGCGCUGCAGUCAAGAAUGCCUGUGAGAUUCUGUACCAGCGACUGGAGCCAAUAAGGCAGAAGAAUCCCAAAGGAUCAUGGGAACAAUGGGUCAAGGCAGCGUUUUUUGCGAAAAUCAGUUUAUCGGCCACUGGGUUUUACAGAGGUCCAGACCUUUACAUGGACUGGGACAAGAUGGAGGGUCAGCCUUACGCUUACUUCACAUAUGGAGUCUGUUGUUCUGAGGUGGAGCUGGACUGCCUGACUGGAGACAACAGGACGGUGAGGACAGACAUUGUGAUGGACAUUGGCAGAAGUGUGAACCCAUGCGUGGAUAUUGGCCAAAUCGAAGGGUCUUUCAUGCAGGGUUUGGGGCUCUACACUCUGGAAGAAUUGAAGUUUUCCCCUUCUGGGCUUCUGUACACUCGAGGUCCAUCUCAAUAUAAGACGCCCGCAAUCUGCGAUGUGCCACUUCAAUUCAACGUGUACCUGCUGCCUGACACUGACAAUCCUAACGCUAUCUACUCCUCCAAGGGUAUUGGCGAACCAGUUUUGUUCCUGGGCAGUUCCGUGUUUUUUGCCAUCAAAGAUGCUGUGGCUGCAGCUCGUUCAGACUCCGGUCUAAUGGGGCCAUUUCCCCUGCACAGCCCAGCGACACCAGAGAGGGCCAGUCUGGCUUGUGCCUCUCCUUUCACUCAAAAGGUUCCUGUGAGUAACCCAGGAUCAUUCACACCCUGGGCGUUAAACAUCUAAAGCUGAAGCCUCUGUUAUAACCGCUAUGAUAUAAUAGAAUGUCUACAAGGUCUAAAUAUAACUUACAGAAGUUAUCCCACUGAUCCUUUACUAACAAUCGAGGCUUUUGAUUGGUGCACACUUAUUCACACACCUUGAUCUUAUAUAAUAUGAAAUGAAUGCAUGAUAAUAACCACUUGAUUUUACAUUUGGUUGAUUUCUGUGAAUGAUUGAGUUUGUAUUUCUGUACCACUAUGUGAUUAUUAGUAGUAACUCAAAAGAUAAUAAAUACUUCAUAUUGAU